AUGGGGAGGGGAAAGGUUGAGCUGAAAAGAAUUGAGAAUCCCCACCAGAGGCAGGUUACUUUCUCUAAAAGGAAAAAUGGGUUGAUCAAAAAAGCAAGAGAGAUUUCUGUUCUGUGCGACGCUCAUGUUCUUCUCGUUCUUUUCUCGUCCUCAGGCAAACUCUACGACUUCCUUAGCCCCUCUUCUCUCAGUGUAAGCAAGUUCAUGGAGAAAUAUUACGCGGCCACUCAGAGUGGAAUCUUUGAAGAAAAAUUCAUGGAAAACGGUGUGGACGUUGUGAAGGUGAAGCGAAUAAGUGAGCAGCUGCAGAAGAAUAUAAAGUCUAUUGAUGGAGAAGAAGGAAACUGCUGUUCCUUGUCGAUGUUGGACUAUCUUGAACAAAACCUUGAAGCCACGAUUGCUCAUGUUCGAAAUCAGAAAGAGAAGAUGAUGCAACAAGAAAUUGAAUACCUUAAAAACAUGGAACGUUUUCGACUACAAGAGAGAAGAGAAAUCUUUGAGGAGAUGGAGCGGCGUGGUGUUAGAAGAUCGGCUCCUGGUUGCUUGCAGCAUCUUAAGCCCUUGUUCCUUGAGCCACAAGACCAUGAAUUAGAUUUGAAGCUAGGCUGGAGCGACAAUGUGAUGACCAACUUGCGUCUGUAGGUCGCCUUACCAACAAUGUGGUACUGUAAUACUGUGAAGCUUCAAGAACAGAUCAAACACCCAAACAUCAUGCGCUUGAAUGAUAUUAAUAUAGCAAAUCAGGAGUUUUUGGUUCAUGUCGUUCA